CAUUCCAGCCUUACACAUCUACCGAGGAUCACCACAUCACUUCCUUAUUUAAUUAAUCAUAAAAACAAAAAUGAAAUCGUUCGUCGUUCUAACCGCCCUUGUGGCAAUGACCUACGCGGCCCCGCAGUUCCAAUAUCAAACACAGCCUCAGUAUCAGAAUCAAGUGAUCCCGAUCAUCAGACAGAAUCAGGAGAUCAAUCCUGAUGGAUCCUACCAAUACAGCUAUGAAACUGGCAACGGUAUUGCUGCACAAGAACAAGGUUACCUGAAGAAUGCUGGAAUUAAAGAUGCCGAGGCACAGGUCGCUCAAGGUUCAUUCUCCUACACCUCACCUGAAGGUGUCCCAAUUACAGUGAACUACAUCGCUGACGAGAACGGAUUCCGUGCUGAAGGUGCUCAUUUGCCUACCCCUCCUCCCAUUCCUGAGUCGAUCCUCCGCUCCCUUCAAUUGAUAGCAUCUAGUCCCCAAAACCAAUACCAACAAGGUUUCCGUGGUUAAUUUCCCCGAUCCUCCCCAAUAAACUACCCAAGCGAACUCAAGACUCACUGAUCUAAUGGCUCUUGGAAAAUACCUAACAACUCAACGAUCUUCUAGUUAUAAGAAUAAAUGCUACUGUGAUGUAUUUUAAUUUUAUAAGA